AUGGAGAGAACUUUCGCUCCGCCUUCAUCUCUUGGGAAGAUAACCUUGCACCACCACCACCACCACCACCAAGACCAACAACAACAUCUCACUUCUUCUUACUACAAUCCUUUCAAUCACAAUCCCACCACCGUCUCCGCCACAACUUCCGCCGGAAACUCGAUUCCUUCCUCCAACAAUGGGAAUUUGCAAAUACCUAAUGACGUGUCUUCUUCUUCUUCUCUCUUCUCGGUUCCUUCUUCGGCUGUGAAUGUUUCGAUUGAUCCGGUUAAGAGGAAGAGAGGGAGACCUAGGAAGUAUGAGACUCCAGCUCAAGCUUUAGCCGCUAAGAAAUUGGCUUCUUCUGCGAGUAAUUCUUCUGCUAGAGAAAGGAGAGAGCAAGCCGCCGUUGCUGCUGCCGCCGGUGUUUCGCCGCCGGUUUCUAAAUCCGGUUCAAGGAAAUCACUUUUGGGUUCUGUCGGGAAAACUGGGCAAAGCUUUAUUCCGCACAUUGUUAAUAUAACUCCUGGUGAGGAUGUGGCAGAGAAAAUUGUCCUUUUCGCUCAGCAAACCAAGCAUGAGUUAUGCGUUCUUUCUGCGUCUGGCUCCAUCUCUAAUGCAUCCUUGUCUCACCUGGCAUCAGGAACCAGUGUAUCUUAUGAGGGUCAGUAUGAAAUUCUCUCACUGAGUGGAUCUUAUAUCCGGGGCGAGCACGGUGGUAAAACUGGUGGCCUUAGUGUUUGUUUAUCUAGUUCAGAUGGUCAGAUCUUCGGUGGAGGAGUUGGGGGACACCUAAAGGCUGCUGGUCCAGUUGAGGUGAUUCUUGGCACGUUUCAGCUAGAAAAAAAGAAGGAUGGAAGAAAUGGUGUGAAAGGAGAUGAUGCUUCAGGAAGUGGAAACAUGUUACCUUCUCCUGGCGUAGAAUCUUUGCUUGGCUACCAUCCUGGUAUGGAAUCUUCUGGAAGAAAUCCAAACGAUGAGCAUCAUACUAUUACUAGUAGUGCAUUGGGCGGUGGAGCUCAUUUCAUGAUGCAACCACCUCAGGGCAUGCACAUGGCACAUGCCCGAGCUUCCGAGUGGGGAGGUACUGGGUAUGAUUUGUCAGGACUGAGAGGAAAUGGGUCAUCAGAAAAUGAAGAUUAUGAGUAAAUUGGCAGAUUAGUAAGGAUUCAAGUUUCCAGAGAAAAGUGUGUAGGGUUUUAGAUCGAAACCAACGUUGAGCAUGAAUUAAAGUGAGAGUGGACUUAAGUCUGAUGGAAUUUUUCAUUGCAAAGGCAGUUAGAGAGAGAGAGAGAGAGCAAGAGAGAAAGAAACACAGGGAAGACAAUGAUGCUUUUGCUCUUAGUUCAGUGUAAGAUUAUAAUAACUUCACUUCUGGAUUCUGUUUCAUUUCACCUUUUUUUUCUCAAAGAAAUUGCAAAUUUCAGGAAUAUAGACAAUAAAACUUCUACAAAUUAAUAAUAUAAGGUCUAAUAUUUUA